AUGAUCCAAUACCCUUGCAAAUCCCUUGGCCCAAAGGAUAUUACGCCGCCUGAAUUUCUGUCGCCAUUUUUGUCCGGCGAGCCCACCUUCGAGCAGCAGAGGCCAUUCUCUUUUUCCGCCCCGAGCAAGCCGUCGGUUUCCUUUUCAGCGAACAACCCGGAUUGUGAAAUUUCAGCCGGCGACUUCAGCGAGCCCCUACUCGCCAAGAAACCCAGCGGAGAUGUGUCUGUUCACGUCGGGAAUUUACCCAUCCAGCGUCGGCAGUUCCCGCACGCGACAGUUCCUUCACCGCCGGUCUUCGUCCGCAACAGCCGUCCCUUCACGUCAGCGGCGCCGUCGUCAUUUCAAGCUGGCGACCAUCGUUUUUCCUUCCAGCGAGCAGUAGCGGCCCUCUUGUUCAGUAUCGGUGGGAGAUUUCGAGCAGCGGGUCUCGUCUUUCUUCACCAUUGCCGACCCAGGCCGAGGAGCAAUAAGUUCCGACGAUUUUUCCUCAGCCGUGCGAUCACAGCAGUUUCCGUUCCCUUCACGGCCUGCCGGAGAAGAGAAUUCCACAGCCAUGUGCCUCGUUCAGCGUCCGAACAACAGCGGCAUCCCCGUCGGCCUUCGUUUAGCGGCCCAACCAUCAGCGGCAGACCUUCGAGCCCCGUACGAGAGUAG